AUGCCUUCACCCUUCUCUUUGAUUUUCGCCAUGCUCGAUAACCGCUGUAUAAUGCCGCAUUCCGGUGACUGGCCAGAUACUUCGGGGAAUAGGUGCGGCGAGGCGAAAAAGAAUGUCGCAUCAUGGCGAUCUGGAACAAGAGCCAAGUGA